AUGGCUCAAGACACACGUCUUGUUUUCCCAGGUGCUUCAAACAUCUUUUCAACAUUUGAACUAGGUAGGAAGGACCGAACCGGUAUGUUUGAAAUAUCUCAUGAUCACAUCCUGCUGGACAGGGAGCGUCUUGCAACGAAAUUGUCCGCAAUGCCCAACACCGGGUUAAGAGAAGACUUCUUAGACAUGUCGGGCUACAAUGGCUUCCAUUCCCUUGUUCCCAAUCAUUCUCCAUCGGCUACCAGCGGAUCCGAUCAUUCUGUCUCGGUCUCGCCGCCCAGCUUCGCCAACCACGAGCACCCAAAUCUUUCCGAUCACGCAAACAAUAACAUCUUCCCCGAUGAUGAUGACCUGGAGGACGAUAGUUUUGAGAGUGUUGGAAUGCCUUCAAACAUUUAUCCUACCUUUCAUUCUCAUGCUCAGAAGAAAGAUUCAAAGAUGAAUUCUCAAGCUAGCAGACUCAAAAAUUCUACGGCCGAGCGUCGUGCGACUCACAAUGCUAUUGAACGUGCCAGGAGAGAGUCUCUUAACGGCCGAUUUCUUGAACUGGCUCGUGCGUUACCUACCAUGGGAAACGUAAAACGCCCGAGUAAGAGUGUGAUUGUCAACAAGAGCUUGGAAUGGAUAUCCGAAUCACAGAUGCGCGAAUUUCAUUUGAUCAGGGAGAACAACUAUUUACGAGCUCAGGUCAAUGAGCUGCGAUCUCAGCUUCGACUCAGCCCUCUACCUCCAAUCAACUAUGGGGAUCCGGUACACAUGCAGCCCAAAGCAUAUCACCCUUACAGAACACCCAAUAUGUUCCCGUCGAAUCACCCGAUCGGCCUUCCUCUCGCUUCACCUGUGCCACAUGUCGGUAGCCAUCCAACUGCACCUGCUCCCUUAUCCGUGAAUGAAACCGCUAUAGAAAAGCCGACUGUCGAUAAACUUUCGCAGCCUUCAUCGCUACCGAUCAGUCCGACUUUCAACUUUGCCCACAAGGAUACUUACACACAUACCACCAAUCAAGCGAUCCCACCUUUUGAUCAUCAGCAACAACGGACUCACUCCUAUCCCACCUUUGCUCCCCACCUGCCGCUCGUCACUUCUCCCAAUCAAGUGGCUCAUGACACAGUCGGUUUAAGUUAUGAACAACAUCAACAUGUUCCUCAGGUUGGGCCUGCUGCGCUCACGCCUUUUCAAUCUGAAUUUGACUCUAAGCCAAGCACCCGGAGCGAAGAGACUGAUACCUCGAGUCCUACUAAUCCUCGCCAUCCGGGCGGCGAGAAUGACGGAGCGAGUACUCUUCAGCAAAAUAUCUGCGGGUUUAAUCCUAACCCAAGUGGAUCGGUCACCGGCACAAAUGACGGAGUAUUGGGAAAUACUGCUCAAGCGUCGUUCCCGUUGAGUAUGUUUGGAACCCGGAUUGACAGUGGCUCUACUGAGUCAUCUCACCCAAUGCCAGCAAGCGGUUUUCAAUCUCAUCAUCUCGCAACGCUUCCACCUACAGAGCGAGGUUCACUUGGUGAAUCGAUCGUCGAUCUCUUUCAGGCUCAUUCUAACCCUCAUAAUAUCCCCGAUCAUGAUCCCAAUUCAAGCUGGGCUGAAAAUGCGUUUGCUCCCAACUUGUCUAACGCGAGUGGUUAUAUCUUUUGA